AUGGCUUUCUUUCUAUGCUUCUUCGUUCUCUUUCUCGCUUCCUCUGCAACCGCUUGUGAUCGAUGCUUACACCAAUCUAAGGCUUCUUAUUUCUCCAAACCCUCUUCUCUUUCAUCUGGAGCAUGUGGUUAUGGCUCUUUAGCGCUUGACCUUAGUCGUGGACAAUUUGCUGCUGGUGUUGCUUCACUCUUCUCUAAUGGAGCUGGUUGCGGUGCUUGUUUUCAGGUAAGAUGCAAGAACCAAGCUAUAUGCACAAAAGAAGGAACAAAAGUCGUAUUAACGGAUCUUAAUCCCAACAAUCAAACUGAUUUUGUUCUAAGCACCAGAGCUUUCACUGCCAUGGCUCAAAAGGGAAAGAGCCAACAAAUUUUAAAGCUUGGCAUUCUUGACAUUGAAUACAAGAGAGUACCUUGUGAGUACAAAAAACAAAAUUUGGCUGUUCGUGUUGAAGAAUCAAGCAAGAAACCAGAUUACUUAGCAAUUAAAUUUUUGUUUCAAGGUGGCCAAACAGAGAUAGUAGGUGCUGAUGUGGCUCAGGUUGGAUCUUCACAGUGGAAUUAUUUGAGUAGAAACCAUGGUGCAGUGUGGGACACAAGUAGGGUUCCACAAGGGGGAUUACAAUUAAGGUUUGUGGUUACAUCAGGGUAUGAUGGAAAAUGGAUUUGGGCAAAGAAGGUUUUACCAGCUGAUUGGAAAAAUGGGGUGAUAUAUGAUACUGAUGUUCAGAUUACUGAAAUUGCACAAGAGGGGUGUUCAACAUGUAAUGAUGAAACAUGGUGA